CUCAAGACAUACAAUAACAAACCAACAUAUUCAAAAGUGCAUUUCAUUUGUAGCAUUGCUGAAGUGCAAAGACCCAAAGAGAACCACCAUGAGAAAAAAGACAAUUUUGCUUCUGACUAUGGGGGUCCUAGGAGCCUAUUAUAUUUAUACUCCUCUCCCCGAUAAUAUUGAGGAACCGUGGAGACUGAUGGGCAUGAUUGCAGUAUCCAAUACAAUAACAAAUUUGUUUCUGUUUGCUGAAUUCUUAGGAAUCAACCAUUUUAUGAACAUCGCAAUGUUUUUCAUUUUCCUUAUCGAAGUCCCACCCACAUCUGAUGAAAAUGUCACUGUGACAGAGGCAACAUUCAACGGCAUUCCCGUCCGCGUGUAUGUUCCUAGAAGAAAGUCUGAGACGCUGAGAAGGGGCUUGUUUUAUAUUCACGGUGGCGGCUGGUGUUUGGGGAGUGCUGCAGUGUUUUCUUAUGACUUUCUCUCAAGACACACAGCCAAUAGACUUGAUGCUGUUGUCGUUUCAACCAACUACAGACUAGCUCCUAAAUACCAUUUUCCCAUUCAGUAUGAGGAUGUCUAUGGUGCAUUAAGCUGGUUUUUACGCAAAGAUAUUCUUGAAAAAUACCGUGUGGAUCCUGAGAGAGUUGGUGUUUCUGGCGACAGUGCUGGUGGGAAUUUAGCCGCAGCGGUGACUCAGCAGCUCCUUGAGGAUCCAAAUGCCAAGGUCAAACUCAAGACCCAGUCUUUAAUAUAUCCUGCACUUCAGAAUCUUGAUCUGGAUUUACCAUCAUAUCGGGAAAAUGCAGACUUUCCAGUUUUGUCCAAAUCACAUGUAGCCAGGUUCUGGAGUGAAUACUUUACCACAGACAGAUCACUUGAAAAGGCCUUGCUCUUCAAUCAGCAUGUCCCAGUGGACUCAAAUCACCUGUUCAAAUAUGUUAAUUGGAGUUCCUUGCUCCCUGAGAAGUUUAAGAAAGGACACGUCUAUAACACUCCAACCUAUGGCAGUUCUGAACUGGCCCAAAAAUACCCAGGGUUCCUAGAUGUGAGGGCUGCACCCCUGCUGGCUGAUGACACCCAAAUGCGUGGCUUACCCCGGACCCAUGUCAUGACCUGUCAGUAUGAUGUCUUAAGAGAUGAUGGAGUCAUGUAUGUUACCCGACUUAGGAACAAUGGUGUUCAUGUGACUCACACUCACAUAGAGGAUGGAUUUCAUGGAGCCAUUUCAUUUCUGAAUUUUAAAAUUAGUAAUAGGAUGGCAAAUCAAUAUAUUGAUUGGCUAACAGAAAAUCUGUAGUAACAAUCUAAAAUUAAAAUAUGCAGUUAUCAAGAUAUGCAAUUAUUAAAUAGAAUUAAUGAAAUUAAAUUGAAUUGACUAUAUUAAAUUAAAAUAUGCAAUCCAUGAAUAUUAAAAGUUUUAUGUUUGAAUUGCUGUUUAUUAUCUGUGACCUACGUAAGAUGCUAAAAGCAGAAGGAUGAGGAAGAUUAGGAGCCUGGACAUGAGUGAGGUUGG